AUGCCAAAUAUAUCAGAGAGGCCUUUAACUUAUAAGAAGCCUACGUUGGAAGAUGUGGAUCCUACCUCUAAUUAUAUUCCAGCUGCAGUGAGAGAUAAGAUAUCGCAUGAAUCGUAUGAGGUGCUAACAAGGGUUCGGAAGUUUAUUGAUAUGGAAUGCUUGACUAAGGAUAAGGAAUAUUUGAGGGAGUUGGGCGAGAAUGGCUAUGAUGUAGAGGGAAGUGAGUUGGUACGGAGGCUCAGAGCAAGGGUAGACGAGCUAGGGUUGGGGGAUUUGUAUGUGAAUAUACAACGGAUCGAGAAUAAGGAACCAUUUUACGAAAACCGGCUCAGCGUUUUAGAAUAUUGCGUGGUGAGUUUUUUCUUCGGCAAGUCGGUCUUGGCGCAGGCGGUAAUGCAGACGCAUUGUUCUGUCGUGAAUGUAGGGACGAUGGAAUUAUUAUUACGAUAUGGUACACCGGAACAACUCGCCGAGAAUCUUAGUCCGAUGGUGACGAAUAAUUGGACUUCUAGUUUUAUGGUGAGCGAGCAAGGGAUAUCAAGUUCUGAUGCACUUAAUGUGGUGACUAGAUGUCAGUUCAAUGAGGGGAAGGGUACGAUGACAUUGAACGGGUCAAAAUGGUUUGCGACGUCAGUGGAGGAUGAAAAAUGUCAUUUAUGGUUGGUCUUGUGUCUCACAGAAGCUGAAGAAGGGAAUAUUUACAAGAAACAUUCUAUAGUUCUUCUCGAUAAAACGGCAAUGUUGCACAAGGGCAUUACAUUCAAGCGCAUAGAAACCGGAGGACCUAGCUCGAUGACGGAUAGCAAUAAAUAUUAUAACGUAUAUUUUAACAACGUAGAGGUACCACUUAAUGUUCUUGGUCCGCGUGGAGAAGGCUUUUCAAUGGUACAACGCCGAUCAAGUGUCGCCAAAUUGUACCAAUGCAUGAAGCUCUGUGGGAUGGGGCAAGAGUCCUUGCGAUUAGCGCAGUUGCAUGCAGCUAAGCACAAAGUUUUUGGAUCCAAGUUACAAAAAACAGAUACAUUCAAAACCGAUGUUGCCAAUUGGAAAAUAAAAAUAGAAACUUGUAAACUACUCUGUUGUAAUGCAGCUGUGAAGUGUCAGGUUGAAGGAUUGAAGCAAGCACGAGAUGAUAUUUCAAUGGCCAAGAUAGUCACCCCAAGGGAGAUGAGCAACUUGGUCGACUGGUCUAUUCAAAUUCAUGGAGCACUGGGUUUAUGUCCUUUAGAGUCACCGUUAAUGAGCAUGUGGCAAACCUGCCGGUCCACCAGGAUUAAUGACGGUCCUGAUGAAGCAUUAUUGUCUCAACUGGGCAAGCUGGAAAUUACAAAUUUUACCAAAUCCCAAAAAACCUGGGAUGAUGAAUUAUCAAGAAUGAAAUUUUCAUGA